GCCUGUCCAGCUGCCACCCCAGCUAUUUUAUCGCCCGAUCGGACCGUACCCGGCCUGAUCUUUCUUUUCAUCCGGGCACCCUGAGCCCUGAGCCCUGAGCCCUCAGCCCCUACGUCGCCGUCCCGCCAUGUCUACCACCACCACCACUACCAUCACAACACCUACCCCUUCACUCGUCUCCGAACCACUUCCUCUCUAUCGCUGCAACGACCCAGACUCUGCUUCUAUACAUUCAACCGCACCCUCCUACAAGUCAGAGACCCCAACCUAUACCUCCCGGCGCUCCCACUUCGCUGCAGAAGAUCCGCGAUCCCAAGAUGAAACACCGCGUGGCUUGCCUGCGAUGCAAUUCGCUCAAGGCUUCAUCCCACGUCCUCAACACAUGAGUGCACACAGCCAUAACUCGAUACCAUGGACUGCCGUAUCGCCUCCCAGGACGAACAAGCAGCUGCACACCGCGCCGCGCCGUGCUUCUUCGCACAUCUCCCCAGUGGGCUCCCUGACAAACAUCACCAUCUCCAGCACACCAUGCAGUCCUUCCUCCAUAUCUCUCCUCGCUCUACACCCUCUGGAGGACCCAGAACUCGUCGGCGAGGCUGCUGCCAGGCACGCCCGCGAGCAACGCAUCUAUCUCGAGGCGUGUCUGCGCGGCGACGACGCCAUACGCCAAGAAAGCAACAGCUGGGACUUUAUGUUGAGUCAGAUGUCGGACUGGGAGGAUCGUGAGAAGAGCUGGAACAACUUUCGUGAUCGCGUCACUGUGCGUGGCAGCGGUGCUGCUGCGAGUAAGCGGAAGAGCGGUGGCUUGGGCGGCCUACUAGCUGGCCUUCGUGGUUUGAGAUGAAGCUGGGCUUCCAAUCAAGAGGCAGCGUUCUACUACUGCAUUUGGGCGAAAAGAG